AUCGCUGUUAACUUGACAUUCUUGAAUAAAAACAAACAGAAUAUAAUAUUAGGUUGUCUUAUAAUAUUGUUAAAAUUUGAAGUCAAAAAACUUGACAACACAUUUAAAUGGAGCAAACAGAAUCAACAAUAGAGGACAAGAGUGCAAAGGACGCAAUUGCAUUAAGACGGGAACUACGUCGCAAAAAGAUUUUAGAGGCAUCCAAAUCACGGCUAGACAAACUGAAUGGCAGAGCUACAUCUAUCGAAAAGGAAACGCUAGAAGGCGAACCGACUACACCUGAACAAUAUUCCGACCCUGAGGUGGAACCUGAUAUUCCUAUUAAAAGGAGCUUUCUGCCGGAACAACCAGCUCCUCCGCAACCCAAUGGCUCAAACAUAUUAGUUAAAAGCCGGAUUCACAUUAUUUUGGCAGCUGUUGUCGGCUUUGUACUAGCACUUUACACAAACAGCAGUGUUUUUGUGCCCGUCCUUCUUUUUGCGGUUCUGGAGUUUGUUUUCUUCCAAUACCAUAAAAGGGCGACAUUACCAUCAAAUUUAGGUCCCAUGCUAAUCUUGCUAAUGAAUCCACAGAUUGGAAACAGAGUUAAGCAAUUUAGCAACAUCUUUGUUAUCCUUCAGUCCUUUUUAGGCGAUCUUGCCAUAACUGUUUGUGUUUUGUGCUUGGGCAGCAUUAUCUUAUUAGGGGUUAAUACAGAAGUUGUUACUAUAGUUAAAUAAAUAAAAAUUGUAUUGUGUAUUUAAAAA